AUGACACAAAUACAGACCUCCAGCGACCCAGAGACUCUCCAUCUCCCCCGCAUUCUCUGCCUUCACGGCGGCGGCGUCAAUGCACAAGUCUUCGAACUACAAUGCCGCGCUCUCAUCAGAAGUCUCGCUUCCUCACUGCGUCUCGUUUUCAUGCAAGCACCCUUCAUCUCAGCACCUCACCCCGACAUUGUCAGCGUCUACGGUGAAUAUGGACCUUUUCGGCGCUGGCUCCGCUGGCAGCCCGAUCAUCCCGAGAUUGAAGCAGAGGCCGCCGCCGAGCUACUUCGGAACCAGACCCGCCGGGCUAUGGACGCCGACCCCGGGACCGGAGAGUGGAUCGGCAUUCUGGGGUUCUCCCAAGGCGCUAAGAUUGCGGCGAGUUUAUUGUGGACGCAGCAGAAAGUGACGGAGCAGUUUGGUGCGGAUGAGGCUUUGACUCAGUUCAAGUUUGGUGUUCUCAUGGCUGGGAGAGCGCCUUUGAUUACGCUGGAUUCUCGGCUGCAACAUCCCCCACCGGUUGUUGAUGCGGCUUUGUUGAGCUCCGAGUUCAAGGACUUUCCUGAGUCGAACGUGGGCGACCAUGUUUUGAGCAUACCUACACUACAUGUUCAUGGACUUCGAGAUCCUGGACUGGAGCAGCACCAGAUUCUAUUGAAGACGUACUGCGCAACUGGCAUGACGACAUUGGUUGAGUGGGAUGGUGGGCAUCGUAUACCGAUCAAGAGCCAUGACGUCCACGCCGUGACAACUGAGAUUUUGAAGUUGGCAAAGAACGCAGGCGUGAAGCUGCCUAACUGA